AUGAAAACGCUAGCCAAGCUCCAGGCUCUGAGGCCCAUUUGGAACGCCAGGCUCCUUCGCAAGACAUUCCAUAAUGACGGCAGGGCGUUUGUGCCGCUCAACCUUUCGAACUUCGAAGCCAUUAACCGGUGUGAAAAGGAGGUCCCCGAGUACUUUAAUUUUGCAAGCGACGUCCUGGACGUGUGGUCGCAGAUAGAAAAGGAGGGGAACAGACCUCCCAACCCCGCCUUGUGGUGGAUCAACGGGAAAGGGAACGAAGUGAGGUGGAGCUACGAAGAGCUGGGCGCCCUCUCGAGGAAAGCGGCCCACGUCCUCCUGGAUCCGUGCGGUCUACGAAGAGGAGACAGAGCGAUCCUCAUUCUGCCUCGAGUGCCGGAAUGGUGGCUGCUGAACGCCGCCUGCAUUCGGACAGGGGUUGUCUUCAUCCCAGGGACACCUCUGCUGACAGCCAAAGACAUCCUGUACCGACUCCAGGCCUCUAAGGCCAAAUGCAUUAUCACGAACGAGAACUUGGCCCCCGCGGUGGAUUCUGUUUCCUCGUCCUGCCCCUUCCUGAGGACAAAGCUGCUGGUCUCCGAAGGCAGGAGGGACGGGUGGCUGAACUUCAAGGAGCUCUUACAAGCGGCCCCUUCCAGCCACGACUGCGUCAAAACAAAGAGCGACGAACCCAUGACUAUCUACUUCACCAGCGGAACCACGGGGCCUCCCAAGAUGGCUGAGCACACCCACAGUAGCUAUGGUAUCGGAUGUGCCUUAACGGCAAGGUACUGGCUGGAUUUGAAGCCGUCAGACAUCAUGUGGAAUAUGUCCGACACAGGCUGGGUCAAGGCGGCCAUAGGGAGCGUCUUUGCUCCGUGGCUUCGUGGCUCCAGCGUCUUCGUACACCAUAUGCCACAGUUCGAUCCAAGAGAGACUCUGAAUACUCUUGUCAGGUACCCAGUAACUACCAUGUGCAGUGCUCCAACUGGUUAUCGGAUGCUGGUGCAACAGGAUCUUACCAGGUACAGGUUCAAGAGUCUAAGGCACUGCUUGACAGGAGGGGAGCCACUCAACCCUGAAGUGCUGAUGCAGUGGAAAAAACAAACAGGGCUGGAUCUCUAUGAGGGCUACGGACAGACUGAAGUGGGGGUGAUAUCACUAACGGAGAGAGGAAAGGAAAUUAAGCCCGGCUCCAUGGGUAAGCCAGUUGCACCAUACGACGUUCAGAUCAUAGAUGAAAAUGGCAAUAUUCUGCCUCGCGGGGAGGAAGGAGAGAUUGCAAUCAGAAUCCAAUCCAAGUGGCCGUUUUGCUUUUUCACUCGCUACGUGGAUAAUCCAGAGAAAACCGCCUCAACCUUCCGUGAGAAUUUCUACAUCACUGGAGACAGAGGGUGGAUGGAUGAAGACGGAUAUCUGUGGUUUGUCGCAAGAGCUGACGACGUCAUUCUCUCUUCCGGGUAUCGUAUUGGGCCCUUCGAAGUAGAAAAUGCGUUAAUUGAACAUCCGGCGGUGGUGGAGUCUGCCGUGGUCAGCAGCCCAGAUCUCAUCAGAGGGGAGGUGGUGAAAGCUUACGUGGUCUUGUCUCCUUCCUUCGCAUCCCACGAUAAGGAGAAGCUAACCCGGGAGCUCCAAGACCAUGUCAAGAAAAUUACGGCUCCCUACAAAUAUCCUAGAAAAGUGGAGUUUGUCCAGCAGCUGCCAAAAACUAUCAGCGGCAAAAUCAGAAGAAAUGAAUUAAGGAAAAAGGAAUGGGGACAGAUAUAG